CCGGGAGGCUUUGGCUCAUGUCCUCUUCAACAAUGAACGCACCAGCAAGGCAUCCGCCCGCACACAUGCACGCUGCAUCUACCAGCGCAAUCAUGAACCAGACCAGAGAAGAAAAGCACCAGCAUCAACAAUCACAGUCAAUAUCCCAACCUCCACUAGAAAGAUCGACGGGAUUACGGGUCCCGUCCAAUCGCAAGACGAUAUACGAUCGGAAUCUGAAUCGCAGUCGCAAUGCGGAAUCGAGCAGAGCAAGCUUUGCGUACUUGUUCGCGGAGAUGGUUACAUACGCGCAGAGACGAGUGACAGGUGUCCAGGAUUUGGAGAGACUUCUCAACGAACAAGGUUAUCCUCUAGGCCUUCGACUGCUUGAUCUCCUACUAUACCGCACCCUCACAACCUCGUCCUCCAGCAGCUCUUCCACCCAGUCAAUCCGACCUCUGCGCAUAAUAUCUCUUCUACAACUCAUCCACGGUCCCCUCUGGCGCCUUCUUUUCUCCCGUCCCGCGGAUGCCCUUGAACAUUCCGUCUCUCCCGAUACGCCCAACGAAUAUAUGAUUACUGAUAAUGAUCCGUUGACAAAUAUGUAUAUCUCUGUUCCGCGAGAAAUGGGCCUGUUGAAUUGUGCCGCGUUUGUAGCGGGAAUUAUAGAAGGAGUGUGCGAUGGGUGUGGAUUUGAGGCCAAGGUUACGGCGCAUAACCAGGGGAAUGAGAUGUGGCCCAGCAGAACAGUUUUUUUGGUGAAGUUCGGGGAGAGCGUGAUGGAGAGGGAGAAAAUGUUGGAGAGGGCGGGAGUGAAGUAGGUAUGGUUCAAGAUUUUAGAAACGGGUUGAAUGCUGUUUAUUGCUUCCCAGAGGGCCCUAGAUAUAAUGUGCGGAGCUGGGAAGGAGUUCGCUUCAGGAUCUCAUAAAGGGCAUAUGUGGCGUUUUGUUGGGCUUUCGUCAGGUAAUGGAGGAAGUGGAUAAGAGACACACCAUCAGAUCUAGUGGACAUUCUUCAGGAAGUUCAACAUAAUCAACGUCAUAGAUAUUUAUACCUCCGAGCAGGUGUAUUACCUGUUCAGUUCGGAAAAGAGAUAUGCUGACAUACAUCUACCAAUUUGCCUCAUGUUUUGAGAACUUGAGCUCCAUCCUGAAACGCCUUGCAAUGCAACCAUGGGUACAUGUCAUAUAUGAAUGAGCCUUUUGAAAAAAUCAAAAUGCAUCUUACGCCGCAAUAUCAACCCGCCGCCUCUUUUCACGAUCUGGAUAGGGCGACGGGCUCCGUUUUCUGCUAUUCCGAUCAUAGUCCCUGUCCCGAUCUCUUCUAGGAGGGGACCGAGAUCUCGAGAGCGAAGGAGAACGUCGUCGUCUACGAGUUCUCGAUAACGACCGGGAUCUGGAUCUAUAUCUCCUCCUAUGAGGAGAUCGACUUUGGCUUCGCCGUCUUGGCCUUUCUCUUACAGAGCUGGCAUUUGCACCUGUGGGGCCGGAGGACUUGUCAUAGUCAGGUAAGUAUCGCUCAUCGGUGAUUCCAAAUCGAGAGGCACUGUUUGCCGGACCGGAAGAGCGGUAAUAUGCAUCCACGCCCCAGCGGCCGGUAUCUUCAGUCCUUAAGUCUUUGUAUUUUGAUCUUCCUUUUCUUCCGAUCCGCGUCAUAUCUCGAACCUGGAGGUACUGUGGUAACGCUUCACGAUUGCGAACUUCAUCAACAUAUCGGCUGCCCAUCAAAUCUCGUUGCGUCAAACCAUGUUUUU